AUGGCUUACAAAAUACGAGAAGAACUUGUUGGAAAGCGGUUUUUAUCCAUAAAGAGUGAAGGAAAGCAUAGAGUUAGCAAAAUUUCAGAGUGGGAAUGGCGACCUGGAUUUGUACGCGCUGUUUCAACUCGGGAUACAAGGAACGCUGAUUUUACAGUCCUGGUGGAGUUUGACGACACGGGCUGGAAGUCCCGGGAAUAUAUCAAGGUUCAUGAUGCUUUCCUGGUAUUUCUUGUAGAACACACCUUGUCCUGGGUGCAAAGAACAGACAAGGACGGCUCUUCAGAAGGCCAGUGGCCUGCUUUGUGUUUCAAGCCUAUUGUGGACAAAGUAGGCCUUUUUCGUCACAACAAGCGGCCCGUGGAAUUCUUGAACGAUCGGACACUCAGUAUUGUUGAAGAAGGCGAUAUCAGGCUUUAUAAG